UGAUAGCUUAUGAGUUAAGCUUCGUAUUACUUGGAUAUGUUUGCAUAAAAUUAUAUAAUUUUUUUGCUUUUAAGAAAUUAAAGCUUUUCUCUAAAAAAUGACAGCCAACGAUGACUUUGAUGUGGAUGAUUUGCUAGAAGCUCCAUAUAAAAAGCCAGAGGAAAAUGGAAAUGAUGAUGGAAAAAAAAGUGGUACUGAUAGUGGAGAUGAUAACAGAAAGAAAAAAAAAAGCAAAGAUGACAGAAAAUCAAGAGAUUCAAAGCGUAGUCGAUCAAGAUCAAAAGAUCGCAAAAAAAAAAAAAGCCGGUCCCGCUCUCGAGAUAGAAGAAGAGACAAGAGAUCAAGAUCUCCAAGAAGGAGAAGUCGUUCUACUUCUUACGAGCGUCGAAGACACGAAAGGAGGUCAAGAUCUCCGAGAAGGAGAAGUCGUUCAACUUCUUAUGAACGCCAAAGACACGAAAGGAGAUCAAGAUCUCCAAGAAGGAGAAGUCGUUCAACUUCUUAUGAUUAUCAAAGGAGAAGAAGUCGAUCUCCUAGGAGAAGCCCAAGAAGGAGUCCUAGAAGAAGUCCCAGAAGAAGUCCUAGACGAGGUCCUUCAAGUGAUCGAGAAGUGAUUCGUCGUAGUAGAGAUGGGGUGACUACAAUUUCAUUGCUAUCUGAUCGUGAGCGAGAAUGGGAUGAAGAACAUGUUUCUCAAGAAGAGCGUGAUUCCCGCACUGUUUUUAUAAUGCAGUUAGCUAAACAAGUUACCAUUCGUGAUAUUCAAGAUUUUUUCAGUAAAGUUGGACAAGUUCGGGAUGUUCGCCUGAUAUCAGAUAGAAACUCUAGACGAUCUAAAGGAAUUGGUUAUGUUGAGUUUACAGAUGCCAGUGCUGUUACUUUGGCCAUAAAAUUAUCUGGACAAAAACUUCUUGGAGUUCCAAUAAUGGUAUCCCCUACAAUGGCUGAAAAGAACCGUUAUGCUGCGGCUCAAGCUGCUUUAGUUAAACCGCAAGGUCCUAUGAAACUUUAUGUUGGAUCUCUGCAUUACAAUAUCACUGAGCCAAUGCUAAGAGCUAUUUUUGAACCUUUUGGAACUGUUGAAAGUGUUCAAUUGCAAUAUGAUUCAGAAACCAAUCGGUCAAAGGGAUUUGGAUUUGUAAACUUUAGAGAAGCUGGUGCUGCAAAAAGAGCAAUGGAGCAAAUGAAUGGGUUUGAAUUAGCUGGACGACCAAUGAAAGUAAAUACUGUUUCAGAAAGAACAGAUGGUUCUAUGUCUUUUCUUGAUGAUGAAGAAACUGAAAAAGGAGGAAUAGAAAUGAAUGCACAAUCACGAGCAUCGCUUAUGCAAAAACUUGCUCAAACUCAUGGUUCAGGUUUACAAGUUCCAACUGCUCCUAUCAUACCUGCUAUGCUUCCUACUCCUAUGAUGAAUGUUGCUGGAAGUACCUGUUUAAUAUUAUCUAAUCUGUUUGAUCCAAGAAAGGAGACAGAAUCUGAUUGGGAAUUGGAUAUUAGAAAUGAUGUUUUAGAAGAGGUUACUAAAAUGGGAAUUGUUGUCCAUAUCUCAAUUGAUAAAAUAAGUGCUGAGGGAAAUGUAUACAUUAAAACACUUAUUCCGGAUACAGCUCAAAAAAUAUUACAGACAUUCAAUGGAAGAUGGUUUGCAGGUCGAACUAUUCGUGCAGUAGCAAUUCCUGUAGCUAAUUAUAAUACAAUGUUUCCAGAAGCUGCCACUGCUGUCAGAUCGCUCAAGCCAGAUCCGCGUUAGCAUCGUGUAGAAUCAAAUAUACAUAUAUGUUACAUCAAGAUGCUGUUAUAUCAAGAUGGUUUUGUUCGAAAAAUAUCUUAAGUAAGAUUUUAAGCGAAUAUAACCAAAAUCCUACCAUUUUCAAAUGUUAUCAAAGAGUUGACACAAAAUGCUAAUUUGAAUUACUAUUUUACUUAGAAGCAUUUGUAAUGGUUGUUGAAGACAUUUUUCUUGCUAAAAUAUUUGUCUGACAUAAGUUGUCUGACACGCAAAGUGUUCAAGAUUUUAUUGGAUAAUAAAAACGAUUUCGUAAAUGUGUAUAUAUUUGGAACCACUAAUUUGUUCUAGUCUGGAUAUAAUUAUAAAUUAAAAAUUUA